AUGUCCGGCGGGCAGGACGCUCUGCCCGGGCCGUCCCGCCCCGUCCCCAUCCCCGCCGUGUCGCCUCACUCUCGUCCCACCCCGCUCUCCGCCCGCCCCGCGCUUGCGAACCCGGGCCGGGAGUUGUUGUUCCUGUGUGCAGCAUUUUCCCAUGGAGCAGCUUCCUUCCCGUGGCUGUUUGAGCACGUGGUGGAGGGCGAGUCGUGGGGUCGUGGCUGGGCGGGAGGCGCCGCCGCGCGGCAGAUGGGCGCGGGCGUGGGCGCAGCGCGUUCCGCUCGGGCGGGCGAAGACGGGCGAUGGGCCGGUGGCGGGCGGGCGGGCGGGCGGGCGCCCCUGUGCCAGAUAGCGCCUCCCCGAAGAUAUACGGGCGCUUCAUCCGGCACGACUUCGCGGCGUUGCAGAGAACAAUUCCUGAAGGGCCGAGGAGCCGGCGUGAGUUCUCGAACUGCUGCCGGCCCAUUUCCAGCUUCGAGAAACUUCUUCUCCACUCAGUCGUCUCCGUCCUCAGUGACGUCCGAGUGCAGGCGUUUCGCGCGCGAACUGUACGAGCGCUGCAACACGUGCGCCGAGGGCCAGCGUAGGGCAGCGCUGCGCGCGUGGAGACGGAGCCCUGGCGCCAGCCCGCUCCCCGGAAGCAGGUGGCUCCGCGCCAGGGGGAUGGCACGGACGGGCGCCAUCCGCACUUUGUGCUUGGACCGGCCGCGUGUGAUGUAA